GUGUGCAGUGAUUUGCUUUUGGGGGAUAAAACCCACAGUUUGGGAGUGGAGAGGGUUAUUACAGAGCAGGAUGGCCCGGAGGAAGGUACCUCUGCUCUUGCAUGGAUUUCUCCUGCUGGUUCUGUGUAGAUCCUCCCUUCAAGGAGGAAUCUACAUACCAGCUGGUGCAGGGGGAGGCCCUGGAGCCGGAUUAGGGGCUGGUGUUGGAACUGGAGCCGGACUAGGCAUUGGAACAGGUCCUGGGGGUGGAUAUGGUGCUGGAAUCGGUGGUGCAGGGCCAGGAGUUGGUCCUGGAGGAGUUGGAACAGGAUUAGGUCUAGGUACUGGUCUUGGUGGUCUCGGAACAGGAACUGGCAUUAGGCCUGGAACUGGUGCUGGAGGUCUUGGGGGAAUUGGGCCUGGUGGUGGAGGGCUUGGUACAGGAGGACUUGGUACUGGUGGAUUAGGCACAGCAGGACUUGGAACAGGGCCAUUUGUCAAGCCUCCUAAAACAGGAGGAUAUGGAGGUCUACCAGGAAUUGGAGCAGGUGGUACAGGUGUUGGUCUUGGAGGCCUUGGAUUGAGGCCAGCGGGUCCUGGUGUUGGAGGUUUAGUACCUGGUGGUUUUGGUGUUGGUACAGGGGUUGGAGGUACUGGCACAGGAGUACCAGCAAUUGGUGUAGGCACUGGAGUGGGAGGACUUGGCAUUGGUGGUGUUGGUCCAGGGGGUGCUGGAAUAGGUGUGGGUGGAAAGCCCCCCAAAACAGGUGUUAGUACUGGAGGAAUAGGACCUGGUGGUGUUGUUCCAGGUGGUAUCAGACCAGGUGGCAUUGUCCCAGGUGGUGUUGGGCCAGGAGGAAUUGUUCCUGGUGGUGUUGGACCAGGAGGAAUAUUCCCUGGUGGCGUUGGACCAGGCGGAAUCGUCCCUGGUGGUGUUGGACCAGGAGGCAUUGUCCCCGGUGGUGUUGGACCAGGAGGCAUUGUCCCCGGUGGUGUUGGACCUGGUGGCAUUGUGCCAGGAGCAGGCAGAAAACCUGGAAAACCGGGUUAUGUUGGGCCUGGGGGUGGUGCUGGGCCAUUUGGAACAGGAACUCUAGGAGCAGGAGAUCCCAGGUUUGGUGCUAUUCCACUUACACCAGGAGGUACUGGAACAGGCUACCCAUCAGGUGGUGGCUAUGGUGGAUAUGGUGGGCCAGGAGGUAUUUAUCCUGGAGCAGCAGGCCAGAAACCACCAAAACCAGGAAUUGGACCUGGUGGUACAGGAACUGGUCUAGGUGGUGCUGGAUUUGGACUUGGGGGUGCUGGAGUUCGCCCUGGAGGUGUAGGGAUUGGACCAGGUGGCACAGGAAUUGGAUCAGGGGGAACAGGACUAGGUCCAGGUGGAACUGGAGUUGGGACUGGAGGUGUGGGAAUUGGACCUGGUGGCACUGGAACUGGAGGAGUAGGAAUUGCACCUGGUGGAUCGUCUUUUCUCCCACAAACCGGACUACCAGGAAUUGGGCCAGGCACUGGAGGUAAAGUUGGAAAGCCUGGGAAGGCACCAGUACCAGGUGUUGGGAUUCCUGGCCUAUACCAAGGGGGUAUUGUUCCUGGACAGGGCUUUGGUGGAAGAGGAGUUCUGCCAGGUGUAGCCACAGGAACGCAAACUGGGCAGCUUGGUCAAGGUGCACUUGGAGCCAAUGGUCGUGGAGGUUUUGGUCAACAAAUACCUGGCGUGUUUGGUGGAUAUCCUCUUAUAUCACCAAAGUCUGGAGGUGCAGCAAAGUCUCAGGCUAAAGCUGCCAAGUAUGGGGCUGCUGGUGUUCCUGGUUUAGGUGGUGGGCUUGGUGUAGGAGGAGUACCUGGUGCCGGUGGUAUAACAGGUACAAGUGGUGUGCCAGGAUUAGGUGGUGUACCUGGUGCAGGCACUGUGCCAGGAAUAGGCAGUGUUCCAGGUGCAGCUGGUAUACCAGGUGUUGGAGGCAUUCCUGGAGCUGGGGGAGCAACUCCUGGGGGCUUAUAUCCAGGAGCUGGUGGCAUCUAUCCUGGGGGAGCUGGGGCUAAGGCUCGGAAGUAUGCCUCAGGGGUAGGAACUGGUGGACUUCCUGGUUCUGGUGUGGGACUAGGAGGUCUUGGAACUGGAGGACUUCCUGGUUCUGGUGUGGGAGUAGGAGGUCUUGGAACUGGAGGACUUCCUGGUUCUGGUGUGGGAGUAGGAGGUCUUGGAACUGGGGGACUUCCUGGUUCUGGUGUGGGAGUAGGAGGUCUUGGAACUGGAGGACUUCCUGGUUCUGGUUUGGGAGGGGGUGGUCUUGGAGCUGGUGGACUUCCUGGUUCUGGUGUGGGAGGGGGUGGUCUUGGAGCUGGAGGACUUCCUGGAUCUGGAAUUAGUCCCGAAGGAUAUGCUGCCGCUAAAGCAAGAAAAUAUGCUCAGCUUGGGCGUGGUGGGACUUUAGGUACUGGAGGAUUACCAGGUGGAGCAGCUGGUGUUGGACUUCCUGGUGGGGGUCUUGGGGCUGGUGGGCAACUUGGAACUGGUGGACUUGGAACUUAUGGUCUACCUGGGGGUGGGCUCGGUGGAUUACCUGGUGGAGGCGCCGGUGGCCUUCCUGUUGGUGGAAUUGGUGGACUCCCUGGUUCUGGAACUGGGUAUGCAGACGCAAAGGCUCGAAAAUAUGCUCAGCUUGGACGUGGUGGGACUUUAGGAACUGGAGGAUUACCAGGUGGAACAGCUGGUGUUGGACUUCCUGGUGGAGGUCUUGGGGCUGGUGGGCAACUUGGAGGUGGACUUGGAACUGGGGGUCUACCUGGAGGUGGACUUGGGACUGGUGGGCAACUUGGAGGUGGACUUGGAACUGGGGGUCUACCUAGAGGUGGACUUGGGACUGGUGGGCAACUUGGAGGUGGAAUUGGAACUGGUGGACUAGGAACUGGAGGGCUGCCUACAGGUGGGCUUGGAGGAUUACCUGGUGGAGGAGUUGGCGGGCUUCCUGGUGGUGGAAUUGGAGGACUCCCUGGUUCUGGAAUUGGAUAUGCAGACGCAAAGGCUCGAAAAUAUGCUCAGCUUGGACGUGGUGGGACUUUAGGAAGCGGAGGAUUACCAGGUGGAACAGCUGGUGUUGGACUUGGUGGACUACCUGGUGGAGGUCUUGGGACUGGUGGGCAACUUGGAGGUGGACUAGGAACUGGAGGGUUACCUGGAGGUGGGCUUGGUGGAUUACCUGGUGGUGGAGCUGGUGGACUUCCUGGUGGGGGAGCUGGAGGACUCCCUGGUUCUGGAAUUGGAUAUGCAGAGGCAAAGGCUCGAAAAUAUGCUCAGCUUGGACGUGGAGGGACCUUAGGUACCGGAGGAUUACCAGGUGGAGCAGCUGGUGUUGGACUUGGUGGACUACCUGGUGGAGGUCUUGGGACUGGUGGACAACUUGGCGGUGGACUUGGAACUGGUGGACUAGGAACUGGACUUGGUGGAUUACCUGGUGGAGGAGCUGGUGGACUUCCUAGUGGAGGAGUUGGAGGACUCCCAGGAUAUGCAGAGGCAAAAGCUCGAAAAUAUGGUCUACUUGGUAGAGGUACAGGUUUAGGUCCAGGCACUGGAUUAGCUGCAGGUAUUCCAGGUGGAUUACCAAGCACCGGUAUUGCACCAGGUGGGGCAGGAGGGUUACCAGGAUCUGGAGUUGGACAAGGAGGCAUCCCUGGUGUAGGUUAUGGUUCAGGAGGGGCACCCAGUGGUGGCUUUGGACCAGGGAGUGUUCCUGGAGGUGGAUAUGGACCUGGAGGAAUUUCCGCAGCCAAGGCUCGCAAAUAUGGAAUUAUUGCUGGAGCUGGUGGAGUAGGAUUGCCAGGGGGACAACUUGGUAGUGGAACAGUGCCAGGCGUUGGAGCUGGUGGUGGAACACCAGUUGCAGGUAUUGGACCAGGGGGUGUACCAGUCGGUGGCUAUAGACCAGGAGGAGUACCAGCAGGUGGUUAUGGGCCAGGAGGAGUACCGGCAGGGGGUUAUGGGCCAGGAGGAGUACCGGCAGGUGGUUAUGGGCCAGGAGGAGUACCAGCAGGUGGUUAUGGACCAGGAGGAGUACCUGCAGGUGGUUAUGGACCAGGUGGAGUGCCCGCUGGAGGAUUUGGUCAAGGAUCUGGAGCCUAUCCAGGUGGAGCAAAAGCCUUAAAAUAUGGUCCUGGUGGGAGUGGAGGGAUUCCAGGACUUGGCCUGCAGGGGCAGGUGGGAACUGGUCCAGCAGGAGGACUUGGUACGGGAGCAGGACAAGUUGGUGGUUUUGGUCCAGGGACUUUAGGAGGUCCUGGGUCUGGAUUUGCAGGAUCAGGACUGCCUGGUAGUGCUGUAGGAGCAGGGAGUAGAGGAGGGCUUGGUCCUGGGUAUGGAACAGGCGCUGGAGGAUAUGGACCUGGAUCAAAAGCAGCUAAAUAUGGUUUACCUGGGUUUGGAGGUGCCUUGGGAACAGGUGCUUUGCCAGGAGCUGGAACAGGAGCUGGAGGGUAUGGAGGAGCACAAAAACUACCUAAAUAUGGACAGCCAGUUGGUGGAGUUGGAAGUGUGCCAAGUGGGUCAGUACCAGCAACUGGCGGAACUGGGGUCACUGGAACUGGAAUUUCAACUGGAGGAACAGCAAUUCCACUUGCUACCGGAACAGAUCGUGGAGGUCUUAGACCUGGAGUGAUUGGCAGCCCUGAUGGCGGAACCCGUGGUACUGGAGAAGCUCAAGGUGGAACGAAAGCACCUAAAACUGAAUCUGGAGGACCAGUAGAGGGAUCAGGUGUUACUGGUGGGCCCAUCGAUACAGAUGGUCUUUAUGGAGUUGCCGGGACUGGAAUACCCAUUUUGGCUGGAGAAAGACCAGGUGGAACGGGAGUACCACGACCAGAAAUCGGAGAUAGUGGAACAUUACCAGGAGCCAAACCACUUAAACCCCCAGGCACUGGGGGUGGAGCAAUUGCUGGACGCGGAGAUACCCCGGGCACUAUUGAAGGAGGACCUGGAAGUAUAGGCAGCGGAAUUGGUGGGGUUGGUGGAGGUCCAGGUGGAGUUGGUGCUACACCAGGUGGAGUUGGUGGAGUUCCAGGGGGUGUUGGUGGAGUUCCCGGUGGAGUUGGUGGAGUACCAGGUGGAGUUGGUGGAGUUCCUGGUGGAGUUGGCGGAGUGCCAGGUGGAGUUGGUGGAGUUCCUGGUGGAGUUGGUGGAGUCCCUGGUGGAGUUGGUGGAGUCCCAGGUGGAGUUGGUGGAGUUCCUGGUGGAGUUGGUGGAGUCCCAGGUGGAGUUGGUGGAGUUCCUGGUGGAGUUGGCGGAGUUCCUGGGGGAGUUGGUGGAGUUCCUGGUGGAGUUGGCGGAGUUCCUGGUGGAGUUGGCGGAGUUCCUGGUGGAGUUGGCGGAGUUCCUGGUGGAGUUGGUGGAGUUCCUGGUGGAGUUGGUAGUGGACUCACAGGAACUGGAGGAGUUAAACCUCCAAAAGUUUAUGGAGGUGCAGGAGGAACUGGAGCUCUUGGAGUUGGAGGUGUUGGUGGACUGGGUCCAGCUGGAGGGGGAGGAGCUGGACUUCUGCCAGGAGGUGGUGGUCUGCUUCCAGGAGGUGGAGCUGCAGGCACAGGAUUUGGACUGCAGAAACCAGGAAAAAGUUAUGGUGGAGCUGGAAGCUUAGGAGCUGGUGGGAUCCUACCUGGAACUGGCAUCAGAUUCCCCAGUGGGGCUGCAGUGGGCAGCAAACCAGGAAAAGUUUAUGGAGCAGGCACACUUGGUGGGCUUGGAGGCCCAGGUGGAUAUGGAGCAGGACCUGGCGGCUAUGGAGGGGGUCCAGGUGGUUAUGGAAGUGGUCCGGGCAGUGCUGGUGGACUCGGAGGGCCUGGAUUUGGUGGCCUUGGUUAUGGUCCUGGCGGAGUAAAACCACCUAAAAGCUAUGGAGGAGCUGGAGCACUGGGUGGGGCUGGACAAGGAGGAAUUGGUGGAGGUCCUGGACGUCUAGGUGUUGGACCAGGGGGUGCCGGUGGCAUUGGGGGUGGUCUAGGUGUUGGACCUGGUGGUGUUGGUGGAGGUCCUGGAGGACUGGGUGGAGGGUUUGGAGGUUAUGGGGGAGUUGGCGGAGGCCCAGGAGGAACCGGUGGAGGUCUCAGGUACCCAGGGGGAGCAGGAGCAGGGAAACCUGGUAAAGCAGGCUUUGGCACAGGGGCACUAGGAGGCCAAGGCUAUCAGCCAGGUGGCAGCGUACCAGGAUAUGGUACUGGCGCAGGUCCAGGUGCAGGAUAUCAACAACAAUAUCCAGGUUUUGGCGGUCCUGGUGCUGGUGGUCCUGGAAGUGCUCCACUUACACCUCAGCAAUCAAAAGCCGCCAAAUAUGCAGCUCUUCAAGGCUUUCUUGGUGCAGGAGGCUACAGAGGAGGCGCAGGAUGUCAAGGCAAAUACUGCGGCAGGAGGAGGAAGUGACAAUCCAGCCGAUAGAAGUGACCUCAUAAAUAAGUGGUGCUACUGCCUGAUCUCAAAUGCACUUUUUACAGUCUAAAAGUGCCUCAUUGCAAUAUGUGAGAGCGAGAGAAAUUUGGACCUGCAUUACAGGAAUUCUGCAGCCGUAGUAUUAGAUGUGAACCUCUCAAUGCACUUGUUGCACUGCCUCGACUCCCUUAACUUGUCACAACGCGUUGCUUUUACAAAUGUAUUUUUUCAGUUAAAUCAGCAAUAUUAGCGUGUUAUAUUUAACUUCGACAGUUCUAGCUGUACAUCUCUUCAGCUGCUCACUUAAACCUAGCCGAAUAUUGAGACGCAUUUCAUCUGGAGACACAACGCUGCUAUUUCAGGAUCAUAGAUAUAUACACUAGAUAUCGCACAGGGAUCCUGAGCAUGCGUCAAUAGCGCCGCCACAUUGGUACAGUGCUCCCAGGACAAAUGUCAUUCAACCGCACUAGUCAAGACAGUGUUAUUACG